AAAAAGCUAUUUAUUUAAUGAAAAAUAAGGAUAUUGGGAUUGAUACAACCGACCUGGGAUCGGUAUUGUAUCGAUAUCGUCCAAGAACAAUAUUACCCGACAGGUUGACACCCUAUUAGUUGAGAAGUGUACAACUGUUGACGAAGACAAAACCCCCAAAUCUCCCUCCCAAGCGGCCAAAGUCUUUGGAGGCAAUCUGUAGGGAGGUAGGGAGGUAGGGAGGUAGUCUUCAUUCUGUCCCUUCCCAACAUUGCGAUAGCAGUCAAACAUCCCCAAAUCCCAAUCCCAAUCGCCAUUCGAAUUUCCACCAAGUGAAGAAGGUGCCUUUCUCUCAGUUUCCGUGGCUCUGUUUCCAUUCUCCAAUGGCGACGACAGGCAUUCGUUUGGAAGACUACAAGCACAGUCCAGUCCACUACGCAGUGGCACUGGGAGACCACACCACUCUCUCCCGUCUCCUCUCUUCCCUCCCAACGCUCGUAGAACCUUCCAAGAUCCUCACUGAGUCCGACUCCCUCUCCCAUGAGCGCAUCGCCGAUCACAUUUCCUCCUUUCUCGACCGCCGUGAUGUCCCCCACAGAGAGACCCCACUCCACCUUGCUGUUCGCCUCAACGACCUCUUUGCCGCCCGCUCCCUCGCUGCCUCCGGUGCCGAUGUCUCCCUACAGAAUGCCUCCGGCUGGAACCCAUUGCAGGAGGCCCUCUGCCGCCGCUCAUCCGAUAUUGCCCUCUCCCUCUUCCGCCACCAUCAUCGUUCUGCUUGGUUCAAGUGGCGCCGUCGCCUCCCCCGGCUUAUCGGCGUCCUCCGCAGGAUGCGGGACUUCUACAUGGAGAUCUCCUUCCACUUCGAGAGCUCCAUUGUCCCCUUCGUCGGCAAGAUCGCUCCUUCCGACACCUACCGGAUCUGGAAACGCGAUGCCAACCUCCGUGCCGAUACAUCCCUAUCAGGGUUCGACGGCCUCAAGAUCCAGCGCGCCGAUCAGAGCUUCCUCUUUCUAGGAGACGGAGAUGGGGACCGCGGCCUCCCAUCAGGGACCUUGUUGGUACUUAACCGUGACGAUCGCAAGAUAUUCGAUGCCUUCGAAAACGCCGGUGUUCCCAUGUCAGAAUCCGAUGUCGCCGGAUUCUGCUCCCAAACCAGCGUAUACCGCCCAGGCGUGGACGUCACCAAGGCCGAGCUAGUCGGAAGAACCAACUGGAGGAAGCAGGAGAGAACAGAGAGUGUGGGAGAAUGGAAAGCGAAGGUCUACGAGAUGCAAAACGUCGUGUUCAGUUUCCGCACAAGGAAAGUAGUGGGAGACAAUGCCAGUGACGGCCCAGGAGGCGAGCAGGUAUUGCCGCUGGAGCUCGACGAAGACGCAGAGGAAGGUUUCUUGGUUGCAGAAAACCCCACCUUGAGCUUCCCACCCCCAGAUCGUCGUAGACACAGUAGUUUUGUUAGAGAAGAAAGGGAAUUUGUAUCGUUCCGUAGGAAGAGCGUCAAUAUCCCUGAUCGCCGGAGGGUACCAUCAAUGUUGCCGCUGCCGCAGACACCACCGAACAAGGAGAAAGAGUAUGUGAAGAGCCUCCGGCCAUCUGUGUGGCUAACAGAGCAGUUUCCACUCAAGACAGAAGAGAUUCUUCCCCUACUUGAUAUCCUCGCUAACAAAGUCAAGGCCGUCCGGCGUCUUCGAGAACUACUAACCACAAAGUUCCCGCCGGGAACUUUUCCGGUCAAGGUGGCGAUACCGGUGGUGCCGACGGUGAAGGUGGUGAUAACGUUUGCGAAGUUCGUGGAGAUGCAACCCACGGAGGAGGAGGAGUUCUUUACGCCGCUGUCAAGCCCUGGUCACUGGCUCGUUGGGGAAGGAAGGCAUCAAACAAAGAGCUACAACAUCUUUUCUUCUUCCUCUCCCUCCUCAUCUUCAUGGCUUGGGCGUAAUAGCACUCGGCAUCAGCAGAGGUGGGAUUUGGACCCACAACAAUCGGAUCCAUUUGCUUUACCUAGCGAUUACAAAUGGACAAGUGUGGAUGAUAAUAAGUCCCGGAAGAUGAAGAAAUCAAGGUCAACUAGGAAGGGCAAGGAGAGAUAAUCGAAUAUACAGGAAGUUUGAUUCUCCAAGGAGGACUUACUUCAUCUCAUGCCACAAUCAAUGAAGGGAGUGUGGCCUAUUUUGCAUUUUGCAACUUUUCACAAGAUAGAACUAUCAAGGUCUAUAAAGUUUAUUCAUAUAAGGAAAGAAAAUACCUCAGCGAUGAACUUUAUUUUUAA